AUGCAAGCCUACGGUCGCUAUGAUUUCAAUGCAACGGCCAAUGAUGAACUUAGCUUUCAAAAAGGAGCUGUUCUCAAAGUACUCAAUAUGGAAGAAGAUAUGAAUUGGUAUAAAGCAGAAUUAAAAGGACAAGAAGGUUAUGUACCAAAGACAUACAUUGAAGUAGUUCCUCACCCCUGGUUUUACGGCAGUAUAUCACGUGCCGAAGCAGAAAAGAUCCUUCUUCAGAAGGAUCCAGGUUCUCAACGAUAUCAACAGCCAGAUGGUGCAUUCCUUGUUCGAAUGUGUGAAUCGUCUCCGGGCGAUUUUUCACUCUCAGUCAAAUGUCAAGAUCAGGUUCAACAUUUCAAAGUGCUACGUGAUGGUAUGGGUAAAUAUUUUCUAUGGGUUGUUAAAUUUGAUUCAAUCAACGAAUUAAUUGAUUACCAUCGAUCGACGUCAGUUAACCGUGGACAACAUUUAUUACUUAAAGAUAUGGGUUCCGAUCAAACAACAUCAUAUAAUAAUAAAAACGGUCCAAGAACCGUGCAAAAUUUUCAACAACCACCGCCGCCUCCAAUGUCUUCUGGUCCAUCCAAUGAUGGACAAAUCUAUAUUGCUGCUUACGAUUUUCAACCACAAGAAGAAGGUGAAAUUGAAUUGAAACGUGGUGACCGUAUUCGAAUGUUGGAUCAAAGUGAUGCCAAUUGGUGGAAAGGUGAAGUUCACGGAACUGUUGGUCUCUUUCCUGCCACUUAUGUUCGACCAUUGUAA